CAGGGCGAGAGAAACAGACAGAAGAAUGACGGCACUUCAGCGCACCGUCAAAUAUGAUCUGUUUCAGGAGGUGGGAGUGGCCCUCGCGAGGCAAUCUAAAACCCCAAAGCCUCAGGAGGGGGUGAAGUUGACGGCCUAUCACCUCCACCCUGGUGUAUCUGACCCGCUGGUCUCCAGCGCCCGCAAAUCUCUCCCGAACAUCACUGUCUGUGUGCAGACCUGCGAGGGGAAGCAGAGGGCUCUGCAGAUUCCAAUGCAUAUGAGAGUCUACGAGCUGAAGAACGCGAUAUCCCGGGAAAUGGGAAUCCCGGUAGAAUCCCAGAUCCUCUACUGGAAAUCUUCGGAGCUGGAGAAAAUGAAGAAGCUUUGCGACAUUACCAUGAAGGACAGCAUUUGCGUCACUGUGGUGCACAAGUGCCUCGGAGGCUGAUGUGUGGAGACUACAUCUCUCACUUCCCCAUCCUGUUUGUGCUCGCUUUCUCCACACUGGAGAUUUCUGCUCUAACGCCUUUCCCCGGCUCUCUCUCUCUGCACUUUUGCUCGAUAUCCCGCACUGAAGCUGUAUUCUCUAACCCCAUUCCCCAGAUCACUCCGUCUCCCUCUCUCUCAUGGUUUUGCUAAUGAUGCCGAUAAAAAAUUGUGUUUGACACUUUUGCUGUUGGGAGAUUUUCUCGAUGCAUGUUAUGUCCCGUGAUUAACAAGGAUUAAAUAUGUGAAAAUAGAA